UAAUAUUCUCCCUUAAUAUUUUGUUAAGAAUAAAGAAUCGGUACGAAUCUGUCUCUUUAAAGAUUUGGACUUUCGGAAGAAAUGAUUAACGUCUGUCGUUUUGCUUCUCGUGAGAUAUAAUAUAUUGUGCAAUAUUGACAUAUAGGUAUUUAAAAGUUGCUCAAGUAUUUUUAUUUUGCCAUUCAAUUUUGCUUUCUCAACAUACUGGAAACUCGUUAACAAUAUGAUUGAAUUUUGAAUAUAAAAUAAUACAUCAGUGGCACAAGUGACAUUUACGACAUCUCGACAAAAAAUUUAAUAAAUCGACGCCAAGGACGCUUUGUUUUUUACUAGACAAAUCCACGUUACUUCCACUUAUAUAUACCAGUCCUUUUUCGUUCGUCGAAUCUCACUGAUCGUACGACGUCGUCUUGUGCAAAUCAGAGAUAAAUCAGAGAUCACGUUAUAAAACUUUGAAUUGCGCGCAACUGUUGGCACGUAACAAAUGAAAUUCAUCGACAGUGCGUUAACAAUUAUCUCGAACGAAUCUCGACUCUCGGCUCCAUUCGCGCGGUUCUGUUAUCUGCAUUUCAAAAGUGCCCUUUUUCUUAUAUAUAUAGCAGGAAAGAGAGUAAACCUUGAAACAAAAUUUGUUGACGUGUAUAAAUAAUAAUAGCUUCAAUCUUGUGUAUCUCAAGAUUAAUUUUAAAAUCAGUACCAAUGUUUACUAAUUUACAAUAAGGAAAUAAAAAGUGACUAUUAUGUGUUAAAGUCGCAUUAUGUCGCGACGGCAACUUGCGUUUAUUUUGUGCGCUUGCAUAAACUUUUCCACGUUACUCUGUGCACCCUCCGCACAACAAAGUCAUAGAUUGAAUAAUGACAGCAGCAACAACAAUGACAUUAUUAACCGUAUGCUGCCCGCUUAUGCUGUUGCUUCGCGAGCUUCCGGUCUUUUAAAUUCGUCGUUAUGCGAAAAGGAAUUGUUGGAUUUCCGAGAGGCUGUUGAUCAACGAAUACUCUGGAGCCUGAAAAUGCUGGAUUCUAGCGGCGACGUUCAAUCAAGUUUUUUUUAUGGAAAUAAUUAUUGGCUGGGCAGUCGUAGCCAGUGCAUCGAUGUGAUGAGUACUGUUCCUCUACCGAUUUCAAAGCUGCAUUUAUUAAACAACACGCUGUAUCGUGAUCCACAAAAGGAGAUUCCGCCUUUCAAAACAAAUUACUUCGCUGCCCAUUUUAAACACAAUAGUACUCUACAGUACCACAUAAAUCUACCUAAUGAAGAUGUCAUCACACUCGGACUUUGUUUACCAGCCUCAUGCUCUGAAAAUGAUAUAAGUUUUAUUUUGGAAAGAGUAUUCCGUGAUAGAAUUCUUAUAAUUAGUGAUCUUUAUUCCGCGGACUUUGAGAUGAUCCAGGUUAAAAAUCUAAAAGAUGAUUAUAAAUGGCUCCGUAGUGGUGCUACACCAAUCAUUUGCAUUAUUUUAGUGCUUUCUAUCUUCAUGGUUAUAAUCGGGACGGUGUACGAUGUGUUCGUGAAUCGGAAAUAUUCAAAUAAAAAGAAUAAAAUUGACACUGAUGGAAAGAACACAAUUCAAGAAAUGGAAAUGGAAGCAACUCCGUUACGGUCAAGUAGAAUUGGAAAAGUACUAUUAUGCUUUUCCGCCUACACGAAUACAAAAAUAAUAUUUAAUACAAAAUUGCACGCCGACGCACUGCCUAUUAUUCAUGGCUUAAAAUUUUUAAGUAUGUGUUGGCUACUCGCAGGCCAUGUCCCAAUGUACAUGGCAGACUACACGGACAAUAAAGUGUGGGCCUGGAAGUUCAGCGAUGGCUUCACUAAUCAAAUAUUAAUGAAUUCACAUUUAGGAGUCGAUACCUUUUUUUUUUUAAGCGGACUUUUGGUGGCCUAUUUUUAUAUUAAGGAUAAAAUGAACAAAGAUCGAAUACAACCACUUACUUAUAAAGCAAAGAUAAAUGAAUUCUUCCUCCUUGUGCUGAGAAGAUUUAUCCGGCUGACGCCGGCUUAUAUGAUGGUAUUGGCAAUAUCGCACGUAAGUUCGACUUGGUUCGACAAAACCUCCCCAUUUUACGUAUACGAGAGACCACACGAAACCUGCUCAAAGUACUGGUGGAGGAACCUUCUGUACAUAAAUAAUCUAUUCGGUCUUAAAACAAUGUGUAUGAGUUGGAGCUGGUAUUUAUCUGCAGAUAUGCAAUUCUUCAUUAUUGCUGUAGCGCUAUUAAUUUUGUCGACAAUGUACUUUUACAUAGCAAUGGCUAUAUUAAGUGCACUUUUAAUAGGCUCAAUUACCCUUACCGGAUAUCUUUCAUACAUUUACGAAUAUAUCCCGACGUUGGACGAACAAUACAGGCUUAUGGAUGUCUUAUACUUUCCACCGUGGGUCAGAGCAAGUCCAUAUAUCGUUGGAAUGAUUGCCGGUUACAUUUUAACGCAACUAAACGGAAAGUUGCGUUUGAAGACGAGAACUGUAAUUUUAUGCUGGUGCUUUGGUAGUGCCUGCAACAUUAUUGUGGUAUUCGGCACGUACAAGCGACAAAUACCUAUUUUACCUGCUGCUAUUUAUGCCGCAUUGCACAAAGGCAUUUGGGCCACAGGUAUAGCAUGGGUUACAAUAGCGUGCCUUACUCAACACGGUGGCAUCGUUUAUCGUAUCUUAUCAUUUAAAGGAUGGGCUCCUCUUAGCAGACUGUCGUAUUGCGCUUAUCUUAUAAAUCCUCUUGUUGUACAUUCGAUUCGCCUACUGAGUGAAACGUCUGUUCAUUUUGAACUUGUUCCCUUGGGUAUCGUGUUGAUGGGAUAUUUUACAAUUACUUAUACAUGUUCCUACGUAUUGUCCUUGGUAGUAGAAACACCGUUCAACUUACUAGUACGACAAACCAUGCAAGCUCGCAGUAAAAGAAAGUAUAAGUGGCGUAACAGUGAGAAAUUGUAAUUUUGCAUGCAAGUGUACGUCCCGAUAAAAUCAAAUAUAAUUUUUGUACUUUUAUCUAUGUAAUAUACUACAAAAAAUCUGAUGUAUAACAUAACAUGCGUAAUAAAAAUAAUAGUAAUAAAAGUGCGACACUGCGACAUUCUACGACACGAUAACUGCAGGCUUGCAUUCAGACCAAAGGUAGUCAUUUUAAUACUUCUUAUCAUUAUAUGACAAGUCUUUUGUGUCUUCUGUCCACCGCUGAAGAGGGUCCCAUAUGUUACGGCACAUGUGUAUUAAAAAUAAAUAAAAAAAAAAUUAUGUGAAGCUAAAACCAGCAGCACGCAAUGAAUCUAUCCAGCAAAACCAGUAGCGAAACACACGCAUUAUGUGCUGUAAGCUUUACAAUCUAAAAAGGUCAUCAAUCAAUGAAAUAAAAACGAGAUGGUCUGUAUCGAAAAACUAAAUAGAAACGUUCCGUGAACGUCCACCUUAACCAAUGGAACGUAAGA